AUGGCAUCAGAGAAGAAGCCCAAUUUGGGCAAGGCCAUAGUCAUCGGUGGAUGUGGAUUCCUGGGCCACCACGUCGUCAACCUCCUACUCGAAAGAUACACAAGCGAGCCCUCAGUAAUUGACCUGCGAUGCUCCGUGAACAGACGGCCGGACUCAGACGGUGUAAAUUACUUCGAGGCGGAUAUCACCGACGCUGAUAAGAUGCUCUCCAUCUUCCAGAAGGUCAAGCCGGACGUAGUCAUCCACACGGCAUCCCCGGCCGUCCAAGCAACAGCCAAGGUCGCCGAUGCUCUCUUCAAAAAGGUCAACGUCGAUGGAACACGGGUCGUGGUUGAGACGUGCCAGAAAACCGGUGUCAAGGCUCUAGUCUACACCAGCUCUGCCAGCAUUUUGAGCAAUAACAAGGAUGACCUGAUCAACGCCGAUGAGCGAUGGCCCGUCAUCCGAGGCAAGGAUCAGACAGAGUACUACUCCGAGACCAAGGCCGAAGCCGAAGAGUUGGUGCUAAAGGCGAACCGCGACGGAUCCCACAAGCUCCUUACAGCAGCCAUUCGACCAUCAGGUAUUGUGGGCGAGGGAGACAAGAUGGUUCUAUAUCACAUGGUCAAUAUCCUUCGGGAGAAGCGCUCGCACUGGCAGAUCGGCGAGAACAACAACAUGUUUGACUUUACCUAUGUGGUUAACGUAGCACAUGCACAUCUCCUUGCCGCGAGGGCUCUUCUCCACUCGUCCGAGGCGAAUAUCAUGCCCCUAGAUCACGAGAAGGUAGAUGGCGAGGCAUUCUUGAUCACCAACGACAGCCCGAUAUACUUCUGGGACUUUGCUCGAGUGAUCUGGAACGAAGCCGGAUCCGAAUACGGCACGGACCAUGUCUGGGUCCUGCCUCGUGAGGUCGGUUUAACCCUGGCAUCAUUGAGCGAGCUAUUCUACGCUAUAAUCAGGAAAUCGCCUACCUUCACUCGACAGAGAGUAGUGUACGCGACCAUGACGAGAUACUAUGAUAUUAGCAAAGCAAAGAGGCGUCUCGGGUAUAAGCCUAUCGUCCCCCUUGAAGACGGCCUUCGCAGAGCUGUCAGAUGGACUUUGGACCAGGAAAAAACUGCCGCCAUCAAGAAAUGA